GUGCGCAUCCUGGCGCUGGGGUUUUCCAUAUUGCUCUUCGCGCACUGGGACGCGUGCCUGCUCUACCUGUCCGCGCGUCUGAAGGACUUCGACGCGGAUCGCACCUGGGUCGGGUUCCUGGGCCUGCAGCACCGGCCCAAGUCCGUCCAGUACCUCUACGCCGUCUUCAAGGCCUACUCCCACAUGCUCUGCAUCGGCUACGGCGUCGCCAUGCCCCUGAGCACGGUGGAGGUCGUGCUGACGACGCUGUCGAUGCUUUUGGGCGCCGCGCUCUUCGCGGGCAUCAUCGGCUCGCUGACGGCCUUCAUGAUGAGUCUGGACUCGCCGUCGGCCAAGUACGAG